CUCGUGUGGCUUGGCCAGCCUGCAGGGCUCUGAUAAGUGUUGUCAGUAACACCCCUGGGAGAGCCAGAGCAGCGUGUUAUUCAGGCAGCAUCGCCAGCCCAGCUGCUUCAAUAAGGAGAGAAGGGAAAUAAAAGAACCCCCCAUUCCAAAGGCGAUUUCCUCAGUCGCCCUCCUUGCCCGAGCCCAUCCGAUUUCCUGCCUGUAUCCACCGCCAGCUUGAUCCCUGCCCCCUCUCUACUCCACUCUGGUUUUAAAUGUCUCGGGCUCUGGGGAUGCCGCGCCUUGGGGGAUGAGUCUGCUGCACCGGAGAGCUUGUUAACAAGCCAUUCCUGAGCUUCAGCUUAAAUUUCUCUCUCUCGCUCCUAGUUACUCCCCAAGCAAUUCUUCCUCCUUGCAGCUGGCUAUCGUCGUCCCCGCCCCAUCCCCUGCCCCCAGGGUACAGCUUAGUUCUGCCUGUCUAGCGUCUUAGCCAGCCCCGUCCCCAAAGUAGCUGAAUGCUUUGCCUAUGGUCGUGUAUUGACCCUCCCAGGGAUUUAGCAUUAUCCCCAUUUUACAGAUAGGGAAACUGAGGCACAAGGUCUCACACUAACAUGGGGAGUCAGAGCUGGGAAUUGAAUCCAGAUCUCGAGGGUCCCAGUCCAAGGCCUUAACUGCAAGCUCAUCCUUUUCUUACCCCACACCUCCAUUAAGCUGUCCUCAUAAAUCAGCCCCUCACCUCCCUUCUGUUUCUCUUCUCUAAUUCAGUUUAAUAGAUUACAGGCCAGAAGGGACCUUUUUUAGGGGUACUACGGUACCAGCUGGGAGGGGCAGUCAUGGACCAGGACCCCAUCGUGCUGGGUGCUGCAUGUUAUUUAUUAGGUGUAUUAUGGUAGCAGCUGGGACGCCCAGGCACGGACCAGCAGUCCACUGUGUUCGGUGUGGUACGGGCACAUCAAAGAGACGAUCGCUGCCCCACAGAGCUCUGUCUCAUCCCCUCGUCUGAUCCAGGCCGUGUCUGAUCCCGAGCUAAAGCCAGGAUUCCCAGUGCGGUCGCGUGGGAUCUGGAGUGAGAGGGGUCCUGUCUUCUCAGCUCUGCCAGGAUGCCUGUGUGGCUGGCUCUGAUCGGCAGGAGCCCUUCCUGCUGCUAAGGCCUCAUCUCAUGCCCUCCCCACCUGCAAAGCAAAACGGGCAACCCAGAGCUGCCCCCUUCAAGUGGCAAUUCUGGCAUUUGACCACUGGGGGUCUGCAGGGCUCUGGGAAAACCGGCUGGGCAGUUGGAGUGAUUGAUAACCAGCCUGUCUAUGUGAUCUCGCUCCCCCACCCUCCCCUUUGCCCGGCUGGAGCUAAAAUAAUAAAAUGCUGAUCUCACACACUUCGCUGGCGGUAUCCCUUGCCUCAGCACUGCGCUGCUGCUGCUACUUUCGCCCAGCCUGGAAAGGCAGCGUCCUGGACUGCCAGGGGAAGGCUAAGUCUCUGCUUGGUUGCUGCGGAGGGGUUGCCUCCGACGCUGCUGAACCAUGACGUCCUACCGGAUGGAGCUGGAGAAGUACCGGGACAUCGACGAGGAGAAGCUCCUGAGGGAACUUUCCCCCGAGGAGCUGGACCAGCUCGACCUAGAGCUGCAGGAGAUGGAUCCCGAGAACAUGAUGCUCCCAGCCGGGAUGCGCCAGCGAGACCAGACCAAGAAGAGCCCGACGGGGCCGCUGGACCGGGACGCCCUCAUGCAGCACCUGGAGAAGCAGGCGCUGGAGACAAAGGAGCGUGAGGACCUGGUGCCAUUCACCGGCGAGAAGAGAGGGAAACCCUUUAUCCCAAAGAACCCCCAGCGGGAGAUCCCCAAGGAGGAGCAGAUCACUCUGGAACCCGAGCUGGAGGAAGCCCUGGCCAACGCCACUGAUGCAGAGAUGUGCGACAUUGCAGCCAUUCUGGGGAUGUACACCCUGAUGAGCAACAAGCAGUACUACGAAGCCAUCUGCAGCGGCAACAUCACCAGCACCGAAGGCAUCAACAGCGUGGUAAAGCCGGAUAGGUACAAACCAGUCCCAGACGAGCCGCCGAACCCCACCAACGUGGAGGAGACCCUCAAAAAAAUCCAGAGCAAUGACAAGGACCUGGAGGAGGUCAACCUGAACAAUAUCAAGGACAUUCCCAUCCCAAAACUGAAGGAAAUCUGUGAAGCCAUGAAAACCAACACCCACGUGAAGAAGCUGAGCUUGGUGGCGACUCGGAGCAAUGACCCCGUGGCCAAGGCUGUGGCUGAGAUGCUGAAGGAGAACAAGACUCUUGAGAGCCUCAACAUCGAAUCCAAUUUCAUCACCAGUGCUGGGAUGAUGGCUGUCAUCAAGGGCGUGCAGCAGAACACCGCGCUGGCCGAGCUCAAGGUGGACAACCAGUCUCAGCGGCUGGGGGACUCGGUGGAGAUGGAGAUGGCCGCCAUGCUGGAGAAGUGCCCCUCCAUCAUCCGCUUCGGGUACCACUUCACGCAGCAGGGACCAAGGGCCAGAGCCUCCAUUGCCAUCAGCAAGAACAACGAGCUCCGUCGCAAGCAGAGGAAGACAUAAUGCCCGGCGCCGCCGCAAGCCAGCCCGUGUCUUUAACGCCUCUCCGUGCCUCGAAGCCAUGGUGCCCCGCGGCCAGGGCGCUGCCUCCAGCGCAAAGCAAAGCGGAGCUUUUUGUUC